AUGUCCAAUGACAGCAGCUCCAUCACCAAGUUCCUCCUCCUGGCAUUCGCAGACACACGGGAGCUGCAGCUCCUGCACUUUGGGCUCUUCUUGGGCAUCUACUUGGCUGCCCUCCUGGGCAACGGCCUCAUCAUCACAGCCGUAGUCUGCGACCACCACCUCCACACCCCCAUGUACUUCUUCCUCCUCAGCCUUGCCCUCCUCGACCUGGGCAGCAUCUCCACCUCUCUCCCCAAAGCCUUGACCAAUUUCCUCUGGGACACCAGGGUCAUUUCCUAUGAAGGAUGUUCUGCCCAGGUCUUUCUCUUUCUCUUCUUCAUUGGAUCUGAAUUUUAUCUAUUCACCAUCAUGGCCUACGACCGCUACAUUGCCAUCUGCAAGCCCCUGCACUAUGGGACCCUCCUGAGCAGCAGAGCCUGUGCCACCAUGACAGCAGCUGCCUGGGGCAGUGGCUUUCUCAAUGCUGUCCUGCACACUGCCAAUACAUUUUCACUGCCUCUCUGCCAGGGCAAUGCCCUGGACCAGUUCUUCUGUGAAAUUCCCCAGAUAUUCAAGCUCUCCUGCCCAGACUCCUACCUAAGGGAAGUUCAAGUUCUUGUG